CCGCACUGAUCCACUUCCUGUUUUUACUUUCUCACGUGUAGAAAACGUUUACCUCAGUGAAGCUGUGCAAGCCGAGAGGAGUGACGAACAAUCUUUAUUUGAACAUCAAAAUAUCAACAAUACACUUAUUGCAAUGGCUGAUGAAGUGAACCCAAAAGCUUUCCCUCUGGCAGAUGCUGAUCUAACACAGAAAAUUCUGGACCUUGUUCAGCAGGCUGCAAACUACAAGCAACUCAGAAAAGGGGCUAAUGAAGCAACAAAGACUCUGAACCGAGGAAUUUCUGAGUUCAUAGUGAUGGCAGCAGAUGCUGAACCUCUGGAGAUUCUUCUCCAUCUUCCCUUGCUGUGUGAGGACAAGAACAUUCCCUACGUGUUUGUCAAGUCUAAGCAAGCGCUGGGUCGAGCAUGUGGAGUAAGUCGUCCAGUGAUCGCCUGCUCAGUGACUGUAAAUGAGGGCUCGCAGUUGAAGUCCGUAAUCCAAGCAACUCAACUUAGCAUCGAGAAACUCCUCAUCUAAACUUGAGGCUCAUGUUCAGAACUUUAAAAAGAAAUAAAAAAAGGACUGUAUGAAAUAAUGAUUAGAUAGUGAAUGAAGCUGCAUUUUGUAAGUUUUUUCAAAGGAUGGUUAUUUUAUGAAAAUAUGACUAAAUUAUAUGUUGAGGUCAAAAUUACUGAAUGCAAUACCAUUGCUAAUAAUCAAGGUCAUUUGUUAACAUUAUUGUAGUUGAAAGUUACAGAAUAGAAUCAUCAUCCACAACUAUUGUUACUCUUCAGGCACAUUUACUUUUACCGACUGUACAAUUUAUACAAGAGUUUCAAUCUCAUUUCUGCCGUACCACACGUUUUAAUAGUAAUAUGAUGUGUUCUUUGUCAUUUGAAUCAUUAUUUUCAUGAAAACUUCAUUUCAUUGUUCAUGAUCAUUGAUGCCACAAUUGUCAUACAAACGUUUAAAUACAUGUAUUUUACCAAGUUUUGUAUGAAUUUUACAUUUUCUCUUAAUUGAUUUUAUGUCAUUUCUAGUUGUUAAUGAAUAAAUGGUUCAUGAUAAACAUUGUUUUGGUGAA